GUCCGAGUCGGCGGCGUAGGUAGAAGCCGCUGUGCGGGAGCCAUCAUGGCGGAUCAGGCAGCGCAGCUGCGGGCCGACGGGAUCGUGAAGCGGCUGGUGCAGGAGGGCCGGGGUCCGAUGCCCGACUACCGCGACGGCACCAAGGCCACUUUCCACUACCGCACCAUGCUGUCCGACGGGGAGCACCGCGUGCUGGAUGACAGCCGUGCCCGCGGGAAGCCCAUGGAGCUCAUUAUUGGCAAGAAAUUCAAGCUGCCAGUGUGGGAGACCAUCCUGAGCACCAUGCGGGACGGGGAGCAGGCUGAGUUCCUGUGUGACACCAAGCAUGUGGUGCUGUACCCGCUGGUGGCGAAGAGCCUGCGGAACAUCGCGGCGGGAAAGGACCCCCUGGAGGGACAGCGGCACUGCUGUGGCAUCGCCCAGAUGCAUGAGCACCACUCUCUGGGCUACCCCGACCUGGAUGACCUGCAGCAGAACCCCCAGCCCCUGAUCUUCGCCAUCGACAUGCUGAAGGUGGAGGCGCCCGGCUCGUACCGGCAGGACCCGUGGGCCAUGACGGACGAGGAGAAGAUGCAGGCUGUUCCGCUGAUCCACGAGGAGGGCAACGAGCUCUAUCGUCAGGGCAAGGUGACCGAGGCAGCCGCCAAGUACUACGAUGCCAUCGCCUGCCUGAAGAACCUGCAGAUGAAGGAGCAGCCGGGCUCCCCAGACUGGAUCCAGCUGGACCAGAAGAUCACCCCCUUGCUGCUGAACUACUGCCAGUGCAAGCUGCUGUGCCACGAAUACUACGAGGUGCUGGACCACUGCUCCUCCAUCCUCAAUAAGUACGAAGACAACGUCAAGGCCUAUUUCAAGCGGGGGAAGGCGCAUGCCGCCGUGUGGAAUACGGCCGAGGCCCAGGCCGACUUUGACAAGGUGCUGGCACUGGACCCGUCACUGGGCCCCGUGGUGGCCAAGGAGCUGCGCAGCCUGGAGACGCGCCUGCGCCAGAAGGACAAUGAGGACAAGAUCCGCUUCAAGGGCAUCUUCUCCCAGUAGCGGCUGUGCCAGGCCCGGGGAGCAGCAGGGUGCUGCCAGAGGGGGCUGUGCCGACCGCCCCAGGGCCUGGGCUGGAGUGAGCUGGCAGCAUCCGUCUGUCUGUCCGUCUGUGCUUGGCGCCCCCGUGCUCCUCGUCCUCACUUCCCAUGCUCUGUAGCCAAUAAACUGAUAUUUAUCCAUGGGCUCUGCCCUCCCCGCCUGAGCCAGGCCAAGGAGCCCAGAGCCGCUGCCAUGCCCCCCUCCACCGCUUCCACAUUAGUGCUGCCCUUGGGCACCCUGCAGCCCCUGUUACAUGGGUGUGUGAGCUGGGUUUGGUGCCUUGUAGCUGGUUUAUCUGCAGGUCACUGCUGAUCCCCCAUGGGGUUAUCCCCACUCUCCUAAUGCCCAGCAAGCAGUUCUCAGCCUGGCACUGCCCCCAGACUGUGGCUGCAGUGCUGUCGCCCAGCUGGGCACUUGGCGCUGAGUUGAGCCCUUCACAGCACAAGAGGGGGGGCCGUGGGCCUUGGGAACCCCACCCUCUAAUUGUGCUGACUUAGGGGGAGGGGACUGGCCCUAAGCUCUAGCCCCAGGCCGCCCUGGCUGGGGACAAGUGACGGGAGAGGUUCCUUCUCCUCCUGCUACCUGUGUGAGGUGGGGGCAGCUCCUGAGGCAAGGCCUGUGGCGGGGGGGGGGCAGCUCCCCCAGUUGUGCUGCAGAGAGGGAGGGGCAGGGGGAGCGGGGCUGCCUGUUACCAACUGAUGUGUCCAAGUCUCUAAAAUCCACCUGCAACCUGCGAGCAUCUGGAAUUGCUGUGUCGGCAGGGGCAGGAGGGGGUGCUGUGGGGGGAGGGGAGUGGUGGGUACUGCGGGCUCAGGCCCUGGCACUGUUCCACCAGGCUGACCUCCCGCAAGGGGCCAGCCUGAGCUGGUGGCUGGCAUCUACUGGCCUGUAGGGAGCCGUGCCCUCACUCUCAGCAAUGCUGCUUCACUCCGCUUGGGAGUGCUGGUGCUUCCUUCUGGGGGGUGCCCAGAUUGGCCACAAGGGGGCUAGGGGAGCAGCUAAGAGGCCCUGAAGUCGACUGCCAAGGGCUGUGCAUUCAAUUCCUGCCUGGGGCUAGGGCCCAGUUUGCCCAGGGACAGGGAGCUCAGCAAGGGCCGUAGCUCCCCCAGUGAUGGCUAUGUGGACCUUUCUGAUUAAGGAUUGAUUCUCCAAAGUGCCAUCAAAUCCCUGAGUGCGGCGAGCUGGGCUGUCAAAGUGCCGCCCCCCCCCCCCCCCCCCCCAGGGACCAGGCAGGUGCUGGGAUAUGAAUCCAGCCCUCCCCACUGAGCUACGUUUAUCCUGGUCAGAUGACUCCUGGACUUUAAGGCCAGAAGGGACCAUCGUGAUCAUCUUGUCUGACUUCCUGCACCUCGCAGGCCAGAGAGCCUCACUCGCUCCUCCUGUAAUAGACCCAGGACCUCUGGCUGAGUUACCAAAGUCCUCCAGUCAAGUGACAGAGAAUCCACCAUUGACUCUGGCUAGUUCAAACCAGCAAGUGACCCCGUGCCCCAAUGUGGCAGAGAGACAAAAAAACCUCUGCCAAUUUGACCCGGGGGAGAAUUCCUUCCCAACCCCAAAUAUGCCCAUCAGUUAGACCCUGAGCAUGUGGGCAAGACCCACCAGCCAGACACUUGGGAAAAAAUUCUCUGUAGUAACUCAGAGCUCUCCCCAUCUAGUGUCCCAUCUCUGGCCAUUGGAGACAUUUGCUGCUAGCAGUCGCAGAUCGGCUACAUGCCAUUGCAGGCCGUCUCAUGCCAUCCCCUCCAUCAACUGAUCGAGCUCUGUUUUGAAACCACUUAGGCUGUUGCUACACUAGAGAGCUUACAGCAGUGCAGCUCUAACCACUUGAAGCCAACUGGAGAGAGCUCUCCUGUCAGCUUGAUUAAUACACCCCCAAUGAGCAGUGAUAACGACGUUGGCACGAGAGGUUGCCCACACCGGUGUUUAUGUCAUUGUAAAUGAUUUAGCUCAGGGAGGUGGCUUAUUCACACCUCUGAGCGACAUACCUUAUACUGAUAGAAGUAGUAGUGUAGACAGCUGUAGAAGGGUUCGGCCAGGGCUCGUCCCUCCCCGGGGCGGCAGGGAAGCACACCGCCUCGCUACGUCCGUUCAUUUGGGUGGGGGAACUAGUCUGGCCACGGGGUCUCAUGGCCCACGAUAGAAGCACAACCAAGGAUUACGUCCGGUUGGCGGGCAGUAGUGAGUCCCGCGCGCCGGUCCUCGGAGCUGAGUAGCUGCUAUAUAACGAGCGGGCCCUUGCCCUGGGUCAGGGCGGGACAGCAAAGGGUCAGUGGCUCAGGCGGGGUUGAGCAAACAGUUAAGCAAUAGGCCCCAGCCCUGGUUCCAAGGGCCUGCAAGAGCGGGAGACGGCCACCCACACGGGUGGCAGCGGGGAUGCAGGGCCACCCACUCCACUGCGUCCCAGCCCAGGACCCUAGCAGUGGAAGAGGACCUGCUGCUGUGUCUGGGGAUCCUGACCGCAACACACUGACAUUGGCUCUGGCAGUGCUGCAGCCAGACGAGGGUCAGCUGCCCCCGGGCUACUUCCUGACUCCCCCGCAGAGGUAUCUGCAUCCAGACGGUGUCUCCCAAGGGGUCAAGCACCAUGGGUUCCUCAGGGCAACCGGCGAGCAAUAAGUUUGAGAGCUCCUCUGGGUAAUUUGCGAAGGGCAGGCUUGACUGCUUCUCUGGGCUCGGGUCGGCAUCAGGCAUCGGCUGGUCUGGCCAGUCCUCGGGUCAGCCGCCAAUUGCUGGGGCCUCCGGAGCAGGGAGCGGGGUGGAUUUGACCUGGGAAUGUUGCAGGGGGGUUGCAUUGGGGAUGGGGGAUUUCCCUUGAAGGAAGCUACCUGAUCUGUAACUUGAGCCAGGAGAGGGGUUGGGAGAAGUGACACCUGGCCGGGAGACUGAACAAAGAAGAGGAGGAGCUGGGGGGAGGAGGAAGAGAGCCGCUGGAGGAGGUUUUGUUGUCAGUUUGGGGCUGGGUGGUAAAAUGCAGGGAACCCCAAGCUGGGGUCUAAGCUCCCUAAACCCCCCAGAAGGACUUGAUUGAGGGGUUCUGGUUGUACCUACAUGCUCUGCUUGGGACUGUGUUCCUGUCAUCUAAUAAACCUUCUGUUUUACUGGC